UUAAGAAGAUUCAAUAGAGAUAUCAGAGAUGAUAUGACAAGAACCCUUUCUGUUGAAAGAUUGAGCAAUCAAGCUGAAACCAUGGAAUGGAUGAACUCCUUUUUGGACAAAUUCUGGGUUAUUUAUAUGCCUGCUUUCUCAGAAAUGGUUAUGACUCAAGCAAACGCCAUUUUGAAGGACCAAGCCCCUGGGUUUGGUAUCGAUGCUUUGUCUGUUGACGAAUUCACUUUAGGUUCCAAAGCUCCAAGAGUUGAUUCUAUCAAAUCAUAUACUCGUACUGCUGACGAUAUAAUUAUGAUGGAUUGGGCUUUCUCCUUUACGCCCAAUGAUACCGAUGAUAUGACCAAGAAUGAAAUCAAGAAAAAGAUUGACCCUAAGGUUGCUUUAGGUGUUACCGUUGGUAAAGCAUUUGUUUCCAAAACUUUGCCAAUUCUUGUUGAAGAUAUGUCUUUUACUGGUAGAUUAAAGGUUAAGUUUAGACUUUCUGAAAACUUCCCUCAUGUUAAAAUGGUCUCGGCUCAAUUUUUAGAAGCUCCAACUAUUGAUUAUGGUCUUAAGCCUGUUGGUGGUGAUACUUUUGGUAUUGAUAUCAUGUCCUUUAUUCCAGGUUUAUCCAAGUUUGUUAAUGGUAUCAUUCAUAUGACCUUGAGACCUAUGUUUUAUGCUCCUAACUGGUUUGAUGUGGAUAUUGAAGAAUUGUUGUCUGGACAAACCAAUGAUGCUACCGGGGUUGUUGCUGUUAGAGUUCGUCGCGCCAUGAAGUUGAAGACUGGUAAUCCUACUGAACCAAACAGUAUUAAUCCAUAUGUUCAAAUUAAAUUGACUAGUAAUGCUGAAACUGAAGUCACCACCAAAGUUAAGAAGUUGGUUAAUGAUCCUGUCUUUAUGGAAACUAAAUAUAUCCUUUUGAGUCAUCUUGAAGGUCACUAUUUGAAUUUUAAUGUUUUCAAUUUGUUGCAAGAUAAAAUGGAUGAUCAAUUAAUUGGAACCUGUGAUUUCCCAUUAGCAGAAUUUCUUCAAGAAGAAGUUCAUCAAGGUUUGGUCAAGAGUAUUAUGAAUUCUGGUAAGGUUGUUGGUAAAUUGGAACUCGAUAUCAAGUACUUCCCAUCAUUGAAGCCAAUUGUUUUAGACAAUGGUGCCAAGGAAACUGUCACCGAUGCAGAGGUGGGUAUUUUGAAAUUAACUCUUCACGAAGCCCGUGAUUUAGAUAUUUCCAAUUCGGUCAUUGGUUUAUUGAAUCCUUAUGCUGAAAUUUACAUCAACAAUGACUUGGUACGCACCUGUCGUCGACUUAGACAAACUAAUGAACCUCAUUGGGAUCAAGUAUGGGAACAAUAUAUCACUCAACAAUCAGAAACCGAUAUUCAAAUCUUGGUGCGUGAUUCCGUUGACUCUUCUGUGGUUGCUAAUUUGACUGUGAAUUUACAAGAUGUAAUUUUUGAAAGUGGAAGAGGUCAACAUUGGUUCAAUUGUACUGAUUCUCCAGAUGGUCCUAAAGUUAAGCUUAGUGCCAAUUGGAAGCCGCUUGCUGUUGAUGAUGAAGUGACUGGAAAGGUUCAUAUGAAUGCUCCUAUUGGUGGUUUGAGAUUACAUCUUCGUAAGGCUGAGAAUUUAAAGAAUUUAGAAUCAGUUGGAUUGGUUGAUCCAUAUGUUCGUGUUAUCCUUAAUGGUAAACUCAGAGCUCGUUCCCACACUAUUGAAGAAACUGUCAAUCCAUCAUGGGAUGAAGUUUAUUUCUUACCAGUGGCUAAUGAACAUCAACAUUACUUGUUGGAAGUUAUGGAUGCUGAACCAGAAGGUAAGGAUAGAUCGUUGGGUACCGCCGCUGUACAUGUUGCUGACUUUUUGAAGAAGGAUGCCGAAGGUAAAUGGUUGCCUUAUGAAGGUGAAGACAAGAUUAUCGAACAAAAGGUUAUAUUCAACAAGGAGGAAAUUGGAGUUAUUUAUUAUUCCGUAUCAUACUUCCCAGCCCUUCCUGUUUAUUCGUUAUCACAAAUUGAAGAUAAACAAGGAUACCUUGAAGAUAUUGAAAAUGCUAAGAGAAAGAAUUUGGAAAAGUAUCGUCGCGAUAAACAAAGAUUUGAAGAAAAUCCAAAGGAAUUUGAAUGGCUUGACCUCAAUACUCAGGAUGAUGCCAACAAGGAACCACCUCCAAAGAUUGAAUUGACUCUCGAUGAAGCAAUCAAGUAUCCUGCUGGUAACAUGAUUGUUCAUUUAUUGAGUGGUAACUUUUCUAAACCUGAUGUUUUCGUGCAUACUUUAUUUGAUGAGCAUUCUCAACCAUCCGGUGUAUCUCCACGUUCAGUGGGUAGAAAAUUGCAUGCUAUGUCUAGUGGUGAAUCUUUUAUUCGUGAUUUAGCUCAUUCCAAGUUGAUAUUCAGAGUUGCAACCGUGGCUGAUGUCACCCACCUGGGUCAAUUGUUGUCUGAAAAGAUCUUUUCCACCUUGGAUAUUUACCGUCAAUCAUUUAAAAAACCAGUCAAAUUGAAUGUCGGGAAUAACAACUUUGUGGUUGUUAGAUUGGAAUAUAUUCCUAGUGAAGUUAAACUUCCUCCAUUAGAUACUGUUUUAGAUGUGGGUGUUGUGAAUAUGACCAUUGUUGGAGCUAAAGGGUUACAAGCAAUGGAUUCCAACGGUAAAGCUGAUCCUUUCUGUGCUGUCACAUUGGAAGGCAAGGUUUUGAAGAAAACCGACAAGCAAAAGAAGACACUUGAUCCAGCAUGGAAUGAACAAAUUAGUUUCCCCAUGGUUUCCAGAUCAAGACAAGUGCUUAAUGUUGAGGUAUAUGAUUGGGAUUACACUCAUGAUGAUAGGUUAAUGGGUCGUGGAAGAGUCGACCUCUCACAGAUUCAAGCAAACAAGGCGUCUCAAGUCACAGUUAAAUUGGAUACCCAAGGUGAAGUUAUACUUUCGGUCACAUUUGCUCCUGAGUACAUCCGUCCUCCAUUGGAGGCAAAAGUAUUGUCAGCGCUUCAUUUGGAUGAAUUAGGAUCUAUGGGUUCUGCCGUUGCUGGUGCUGGUGGUAAAGUUGGUUCUGCCGUUGUUGGUGCUGGAGGUAAAACAUUUGAUGGUGCUAAAGAAAUGGGCAGUGGAGUCAAGGAUAUGGCUGGCUCAAUUGGUGCUCCUGUGACUGGGGUAGCCGGGGAUGGAUUAGAUAAAGCUACCAGUUUCAUAAAGGGAUUUAGAAAGUCAAAACAUCCUACAGAAACAGAUGAAGUCAAUGGAGGUGGUAAUGGUGGUAACGGAGCUUACAGUUCUAUCACCCCACGUCCAUCUGAUAGCAGAAACAGUACUGACCAAUCUCUGAUGCGUGAAGGUCUUCUUGCUCCAAAAGCCAACCAUCUUCGUAAUGUCAGCACCAGUUCUGCCGAGUCUACAUAUGCAGCCAGUAUCAGUGGUCCUGAGUCUGUUCCUGGACGAGUUUCUGUUAUUUCAUUGGAAGGUUGGCCAUCAUUUGAACAACCUUUGGAAGUUAAGGUUGUGUUGAAGACAAGCACCAAGACCAAGACUCUUCUCAAAACUAGACAUACCAAGAUUGACCGAGAAGAUAAUAAAUAUUCAUGGAAUGAAAGUGUUGCUUUUAGAAGCGCUCCAAGUGGAGAAUUACAAUUUACAGUUAGAGAACACCAUACUUUUGGUAAGAGUAAGAACUUGGGUACUGGUGCAAUUUUGUUAACUGAUAUCAGCAGUGCUAGUGAUGACAUUAUUGUGGCGCUUGAAGAUAAUGGUAAGUUGAAACUCAAUGUCAAGUAUUUGACGGGUUAAAGAUAGACAGAGCUUAUUAUGUAGGUGUAUAUUAUUAUUAUUAUUAUUAUUAUUAUGCGUAUCAUAUGA